AAACCACGCCUCUUUCCCCAGCUCUGACACAUCCCGGUGUUUUGGACGGAACUGGCUCUUCCUGGGCUGACACUGACGCUUUUUCACAAAACACUUUUUGACUGGAACGUAUUUUUGUUUUGUUUUUACUGGGUGGAAAUGUUCGCGCCAAUUUGGAGCUUCCCUGCGCUAUGACUUCAGCCCACCGGCUCCCCCUCGUCGACUUUCAAUCGUGGCACGGAGAGUGGCUGUUGUUCUUCCCUCUUUUCAACCCUUGUUCCAAAAAAAAAGCCCAAUUUGAGGAGCGAGGACGUUUUGGGCCUCUGUCUCUCUCAUCUCCCUGCGCGUGCGUUCAUGUUUUGAUUUGAGAAGUGAUCGGAACCAGAAGAGACCACCACAUACCUCCACGAGUGGGUUGGGACUCAUAAUGGGGACAUCCAAAAGUAAGCCCAAAGAUACGGGUCCACGCACCGUCAGCCUCGAUGCCAACCUCAGUUCUGGAGGCUCCGGUGGUCUACACCACAACUCUGCUCAACAGUCCUUAACUCCAAGUCGUAGCGCCACUGUGGAGGGAGGCCUUAGUGGCAACCAUUCUGUGAGUAAUAAGGCCGAACUGGCCCUGUUUGGCGGUGUGGACAGUGGUAGCCUCAACUCCUCUUCGAGUAGAAUCACACUAGCAGGAGGUGUAACAACCUUUGUGGCAUUGUAUGACUACGAGUCUCGAACAGCUUCUGAUCUGUCAUUCAGAAAGGGGGAACGCCUGCAGAUAGUCAACAACACGAGGAAGGUGAACUGCAGAGAGGGUGAUUGGUGGCUAGCACGCUCCCUGACCACCGGUGAGAGCGGAUAUAUUCCCAGCAAUUACGUGGCUCCAUCGGACUCUAUCCAAGCAGAAGAUCAUCUCAGACUGACUGCAGAGUCCAGGUGGUACUUUGGCAAGAUCACUCGCCGUGACUCAGAGAGGCUCCUGCUAAGUUUGGAGAACAGAAGAGGAACAUUCCUGGUGAGAGAAAGUGAGACCACUAAAGGUGCUUAUUGUUUGUCUGUGCUGGACUACGAUAACACCAAGGGGCUGAAUGUGAAACACUACAAGAUCAGAAAGUUGGACAGCGGUGGCUUUUACAUUACUUCCCGCACGCAGUUUAGCACUCUGCAGCAACUUGUCAAUCACUACCGCAAACACGCAGACGGACUAUGCCACAGUCUGACCGACAUCUGUCCAGUGCUGAAGCCUCAGACUCAGGGCUUAGCCAAGGAUGCGUGGGAAAUUCCCAGAGAGUCACUUCGUCUAGACCUCAAGCUCGGACAGGGCUGCUUUGGAGAGGUUUGGAUGGGAACAUGGAACGGUACAACCCGUGUGGCAAUCAAAACGCUGAAACCUGGGACCAUGUCUCCAGAAGCAUUCCUGCAGGAGGCCCAGGUCAUGAAGAAGCUAAGGCACGAGAAGCUGGUUCAGCUUUACGCCGUGGUGUCAGAGGAGCCCAUCUACAUUGUCACUGAGUACAUGGGAAAAGGUAGUUUACUGGAUUUCCUAAAAGGUGAAAUGGGCAAGAUGCUCCGACUCCCUCAGCUGGUGGACAUGGCAUCACAGAUUGCCUCUGGGAUGGCAUAUGUGGAGAGGAUGAACUAUGUGCACAGAGACCUGAGAGCCGCCAACAUCCUGGUGGGAGAUAACCUGGUGUGUAAAGUGGCUGAUUUUGGCUUGGCUCGCCUCAUCGAGGAUAACGAAUACACAGCGAGACAAGGAGCCAAAUUUCCCAUUAAAUGGACAGCUCCGGAGGCGGCUCACUAUGGACGCUUCACCAUUAAAUCUGAUGUCUGGUCAUUCGGGAUCCUGUUGACUGAACUGGCCACCAAAGGAAGAGUGCCAUAUCCAGGUAUGGUAAAUCGCGAGGUUCUGGACCAGGUGGAGCGCGGUUACAGGAUGCCGUGCCCUGCAGAGUGCCCUGAAUCUCUGCACGACUUGAUGCUGACAUGUUGGAAGAAAGAUCCAGAGGAAAGGCCCACCUUCGAGUACCUGCAGAGCUUCCUGGAGGAUUACUUUACUUCCACUGAGCCUCAGUACCAGCCCGGCGAGAACUUGUGAGGCAGCAGGCACCUAAAAGAAUGAAUAAAACUGGGAUCAAAGGCAGCAACAUUUCAGGCCAAUCAGCAGCAACUUCCAGUCUUGUUCAAUGUGACCGCCACAAAGACCACAGUGUUCCAAAGGAGGGCUUCUCUUGUGCUCUUUUAAUCAUACACUUGAGUUUUUGUCUCUUUUCUAAUGUUGGUGACAUCGACGCAAAAAAAAAAAAAAACAUUGUUGAAAAGUGAAACUAGCUAUUUUUCCUCCAUUUUUGAUGAACGCUGGCUUGUUGUCUUCCAUUUUUUAAUUAUGCUCAGCAGACUGCAAUGAGCUGGAAUGAAUUCAGCUACAAACCUUUCGCUUUCUUCUACAAUUUCUUUUGGGUGUGGCUGACACCUCGCAAUUGGAGGCAGAGUCUCCCUCAAAUCAAGUGUGACGAAAGAAAUGGCUACUGAUAAAGUUCAGCUCAGGAUGGAGAAGAAGAAAUAAAAAAUGUGUGUGCCAAUGUUUUUCUAGGCCCAUCCACUGUGCAAAGGUACUCAAGUGACUUUUUUGGUCACGCUUUGUCAAGCUUAUUUCACUGCUAUUGAUGGCAAUAGACGUCCGGUCCAAACAUGAUCAUUCAAUGACAGCCCUCCUAACCCAAAUAGAUUAGAUGUCUAUUGCCGUCAGUGACAGCACAUGAGUUAUUAGCAGGUGAAUCUGAAAUCCCUUAUUUUUGGGCCACUUCCAUUUUGUAUUCAAUGCUAGCACAACCAUACACUGGAAUAAUGAGCCUCUUGCUGGCCUAACUAUUGAUGAUGUGUUUAUGCUUGAGAUUAGUGUGUACGGGGCCUAAGAGGAAGCCCUCCCAUGUACUUCAGGCACGGCAAAUUAUUUGGCAUCUUGAAAUAAAUGCAAUUGUAAAUAUACUGAAUGUUUAUAAUUUGUAUAAUUACACAUAUAAUUUUUAUAAUUUAUUUCUUUUAAAAAAUAACGCUUUUUGCAUUUAGCAUCUCAUAAUUGCGCUGUAUCUGGGCCACAUGGAAAAGAAAAAUGAUAUGAAAAAAGUCUCAAUGUGAAAAGAAUAGCACAAAAGAUUUACCACAAUAUAGUUAAUGUGGGAAUCUACAGUAAAUCAUAAUGCAAUGAAUAGUCAUUUAUUUAGGAUUAUAUACGGUCUUAACAUAAAGCAUCAACAUAACCUGUAUUUUCUCAUAUUGCAAUUUAUUUCCUCAUUAGAUACCAGUUUUACUUUUAUAUUACAACUUAAUUCUCAACAUUGCACCGCCUGUAAAUUCAUUGUAUUUUUCUUUUCACUGUGGCCACCCAAUACUCCAUACAUAAUCUUUAAUCUUUUCAGUACCUUUCUGAAAUAUGUUAUGUUUAAGAUGUGCUUACAAUGAAAACACUUUUGUGUUGCAGUAAUAAUUAUUUAUGCAUGUAUUUCUGUGAAAACUUUAUUGGUUGUUUUUGGAGAAAAACAACAGUACUGAUCUUCCAACAGCCAUACAUGUUUACAUGUUGAUUAUGUUCUAAAUCGUUCUGGUGAUGCAUGAGCAGAUGGAUUGGCAUUCAGACUGAGGUACGCGCGCUUGUUGCAGCAAUAAAAUGAUUCAUUUGCGAGUUGUAGCAUCAUCUCAACCCUGUAAACUCAUUUUGAUCUUAGUUUGGUUAUUUGCCUCAAUUGUGUUUUCACAAAGAAAAAUGUUGAAAUAUACAUGCAAAAGAAGGGCCAUAUUGCAAGUUUGCUUCCUUGUCGACCAGACGAAAACAGUUACUGUGGGGUUAUAUUACUCUUCUCAGACUAUGCAGACUUGUGUGCGUGCAUGCAUGUACAGUAUAUAAAAUUUACAUACUGGAUAUGUGUACACACACACUGGUGAUACCGCUGCGGUACAUAUUCUUUUCUACUGUAUUCAAUGGAAAUGAGAUUAUAGCUUUUUGGUAACUCCUCAAUAUUGUUCAGAUUUUAAAAGUUUGCUUGAAUAAAAAGA